UGCUAAUUUCAUAAUGUACAUGCUAAUUUCAUAAUGUGAGUAAAUGAAACAACACGUGAAAACAUGGGGUUUAAAAGACUGGAGUCACAAAGACGAGAAACUGACACAAACUGGGCAUGAGUUAUACUGUAGAUCUGUAAUAUCCGCAUGUGCACAAAAAGUCACAAAACAAUUCAUAUGUGGACGGAAACACUCAUCUGUGACUUCACACCCUCAGACUUCACACAGCAGGGUCUUAAACAGGAACUCGUUUAGUUUCACCUCUCUUGUACAGAGCAUUCAAGUAGAAAACAAUAGAUAGUGACAGAGAUAGUGAGGACAGAAUGAAUAAAACCUGCGCUAAAAUAACCAUAGAUAUUGAAUACACAUUCCUGCCUUCUGUGUAUCUCUUAGUAUUUAUCAUUGGCCUCAUUGCAAAUGGAUGGGGAAUGAAAUCCUUGCCGCGGAAAUGGAAGAAACUGGGAAACAUCAAUCUGUUUGUUUUUAACCUUGGACUUGCAAAUAUUCUGUAUCUGCCCACGCUUCCAUUUUUGGUGAAUUAUUACUUUCGAAGGAGUGAAUGGAUCUUUGGAGCUACAUUCUGCAAGAUAACAAGAUUCUGCUUCAACCUGAAUUUAUAUGGCACCAUCGGGUUCCUUACUUGUAUCAGUGUGUACAGGUACCUGGCUAUUGUUCAUCCUUUGAAAGUAUUGGGAAGAAUAACCGUCAAGCAUUCAGUCGCUGUCUCAGUCCUGGUUUGGCUGUUGGUGGGUGCCCAAAGUCUUCCAGACAUGUUCUACUCCAAAACCAAAGAGGGCAAAAACAAAUGCUAUCACACCACUUCUACAAGGUAUGUUGAGGAUUAUCUGAAAUACAGCCUUGGAUGGACACUGACUGGAUUUUGUAUCCCAUUCCUCAUCACACUGGGCUGUUAUGGACAUGUGAUUGUUGUGGUCUUCCGCAGAAAUACCACUGACAAGAUACUCAAACAAAGAAUCUUAAGGUUUUUGUUCAUCUUGAUUAUCCUUUUCUCAGUUUGCUACAUCCCCUAUCACAUAUUGAAGAAUCUCACCCUCACAUCAAGAGUUCUGGAAAAACAGAGGAUCUGCCAUGGAUGGUCCAAUGGAGUCUACAUUGCUCAUCAGAUAAGUCGAGGCCUUGUGUGUUUGAACAGUGCUCUCAACCCUCUGGUUUACCUGCAUGACAGUGAGGACAUUCCUGCUCAGUUCAGACGGCUGCUGCAGCGAGUCUCUCACAUGUUCCACUUUUCGCCCGUGGCACAAAAUGCACCCGAAGUUUAAAAUUUAGUGAAUAGGUUGGUCAGCUGCUCAAAAUGAGUGAAAUGUUUUCAGUUCAAGUGUUGGUCAUGAACCUGUUGCCACAUGUUGUCAAACCUCUCAAAUAAGAAGAAAGAAAAUGAGAGAGUCCACAGCUCUUAAAUUGUCACUCUUCAAGCUAGAACAGGUUGUGGGAAAGACAAGAAUGACAUGUUGUUUAAAGUGUUUAAAUGUUAUUUAACACUUAUCCACUCAUGUUCAGUGCAAUACUACUAUGGCUCAUUUACAAACAAUGUUUUUAGUAGUUUCUAGACUUUUUUUGUGGUUUAACAUAAAACAUCAAAGCAGAGCUCUGACCCAGUUUCUUUUACAAAGAACAGAAGAGGAACUGCAUCAAUUUAGAAGAAAAAAGAAUCUACCGUAGAUGCGUCCUAUUUUCAUUUAAGUGGCACCAAAGCAGAUGUUUUGUUCUCAUGCCAAUGUAACGGAUGCAUACAAGUAAAGCCUGUUAUGCUUAAAUCCAAAUCUCCAACAAACACCUACCUUUCUUUUAAAUCACUGUACUCUUCUUUGGUCUGGUUAUCAUCGUUAUCAUAUCAUCUGGGUGACGGGUGACUCUUCUCACCCUUCAGAUUUUUUGUAUCUGAUCAAAACCCCAAUUUUGGUUGCAUAACUACUUCAGACAAAUUGACCUUUGGAGCCAGAUUGUGUGAUAUAGAUUUUUCCCUCAAAAUGCCUUUGCAGGACAAUUGUGUGUGCACACACUGUAACCAGAAUAGUGUUUGUCUCACUUGAAUUACAGAGGAAACCUGUAAACUAUGAUAGAUUUUUACAGCUGACUUGGUACAAUCCAAGUUCUCUAAUAACAAAGCUGUUUUUCUUGCACCAUUAGACUUCUUAAUUUUAUUUUUUUCACUAAUACAUACCUAAGUUGUAAUUAUUCUUCACU